AUGUGGGAUUUUGAACUGAUCAAUGUGGACUAUUACGCCAGCAACCCCGAGUUGGCCGAUAUCGAAUUGAAUGUCCAGCGCAUCGAUCGUGGUCGUUAUGGUUGCAGUGGUUUCAUUGAUUUUAAAGUCGAUAUUAACGAGGAAGAUGUACGGCUAGAAUUUAUUUUGCAACGCAGUCAAUUUAAAUCGGGACCCUUUACCACAAUGCCAAUGAAAAUCGACAAUGAGACUUUGACGACGGCCCUAAAUGUUUUCUAUAAGAAUAUCAUCAUGGAAGAUGCUCAAGAGUGUUGUGAGAAUGCCCCCUACUUCAAUGGAACCUUUAAGGGUCCAUUGACCAAACGUCGUGUCACUUUAAAUCAAUGUUCUAUAUCGUCGGAAAAGUUACCCAGUUAUAUGAUGGAUGGUUAUUAUAUUACAAGGACAAGUGUUUAUGCCAAAGAUUGGUAUGGCUAUUUGGAGACAUUGGCUUAUGUGGAAAGUGCUAAUUGA